AACUCACCACAAGACUCCUAUGACCGCUGGGCAUCAGAGUGGCACACAAGCCCACAUCAACCCUAUGACAAGUGCUCACCCGAACUAAAGACCCACUCCCCAAUGGACAGGACCAACGUCAUCUACAAGAUGCCCUGCAGAGAAUGUGAGAAACGUCGGACAAACAAGAAGGAAACUAACAAUAAGAAUACGUGAACACCAACUGGCACCAAAAGACACGGCCACACGCACUCAUCUCAAUCCACGUGGACAAAGAGACCUAUGACUUCAACUGGGACAACACCAAGAUCCUGGGACAGGCUAGGCAGAGACAAGCACAAGAAUUCCUGCAAGCACGGCACUCCACGAAGCAUGUUAUUAAUAAACACAUUGAACUCGACCCCAUAUACAUUCCACUACGGAGGAAACCCAGAAGUGAGGCAAUCCAUUGGAAUGGACCCCAGAGUUUAAAAACCAGGCGGGAAAACACACUGACGCUUCAUCAGAGGCUGCACUGAGGAUGUUACCAAGCACGGUUAACACAAAAUGAACAUGCUGCUGAAUGAAAUUUCCAAGGAGGCAGUGGUGCGGCCACUGAGCCGGAAAGAGGUGCUGGGGAUGCUCUUCCGUCUCACGGUAUUUGGUGCUGCCGCGUACUUUGGUAUCAAAUGGAUGGUGGAUACCAUAGAUCCAACACGGAGACAGAAGGUGGAGAACAAGAAAAGGGCAGCACAGCUGAUGAAACAGAUUGGUGUGGAAGGAAUCAAGCUCUCAGAGCAUGAAUUGAUGAUAGCAACUCAUUUGGUGGAUCCCAGAACACUAAAGGGGGUGACCUGGCGGGAUGUUGCUGGGCUGGACGAAGUUAUCACUGAACUGCAGGAAACAGUAAUUCUCCCAUUCCAGAAGAGACACUUAUUCCGUGAGUCCAAACUCUUCCAGCCACCAAAGGGUGUGUUGCUGUAUGGCCCUCCUGGUUGUGGGAAGACCCUCAUUGCCAAAGCUAUCGCAAAUGUCACUGGCUGCCACUUCAUCAACAUGCAGGCCUCAGCAUUAACCGACAAGUGGUACGGAGAGUCACAGAAGCUGACAGCUGCUGUCUUCUCUUUGGCUGCAAAAAUUGAGCCUUGUAUUGUCUUCAUUGAUGAAAUAGAUUCCUUUCUACGGAACCGUUCGUGCAAUGAUCAUGAGGCAACAGCAAUGAUGAAAGCGCAGUUCAUGAGCUUGUGGGAUGGAUUGAGCACUGACACAGAUUGCCAGGUGAUUGUGAUGGGUGCUACAAACAGACCUCAGGAUGUCGAUCCAGCCAUCUUGAGAAGGAUGCCCAGCACAUUCCAUGUCAGUCUGCCUAGGCAGAGACAGCGGUACGAGAUUCUGAAGUUGAUCCUUUCCAGUGAAUGUUUAAACAGUGAUGUGAGACUGAAAGAAAUAGCAGAGAAAACAGCCGGUUACUCGGGCAGUGAUUUGCGGGAACUUUGCCGAGAGGCAGCCUUGCACCGACUCCGUGAUUUUGUUCGGAAGGAGCAAAUGCAGUGCAUCGAGAGACAGCUGCAGGCUGAUGACUACAAGGAAAGCUCCACCGAUGAGGGUCUCCGAGCAAUCACUCAGACAGACCUCUACCUGGCCUUGGAGAAGUUGAAAGAAUCAAAGGCAGGAACUAAUGCUCUGAUACUGCAAGAUACUCCUGUGGACUGAACGGAGCACACACUGAGCAAUGUUGACCAACAGGUCUUACGUAUACAAGUCACUUUUUUUUUGUUUUAUGGGAAAUUCUGUUGACUUUUGCAUAGCUGUGGUCCAGUUAAUUUUCACAAAUUAACUACUGUCCCCUUGUGAAAUUGGACUGCAAGAGACGCUGAACAGCAUCAACCUUCAUUUCUCUCUGACAAUCAAACGCUCUUCGUGGGAAGAAGUGUGGAAAACACUGGCAGUAUGCUGAGAGUAAAGUGGCUCAUCAAACUGACUCAUCUUAGUGCAAAACCUCAUUUGGAGUGUAGUAUUAGUGGAAAAGACUAGCAAUUGUUGUCUCGCCCUUCCAUUUCAGUGGAGACCCAUUAAGUAGCUAAAAGUGAGGAUGGCUGGGCUGUAUUUUCCCAUCCUGGCUCCUUUCCUGCAUUUCUGGCUGUCACUGGGGUACCAAUACCAUCCACUAUCUCACCAAAUGUGAUCUUUUCUCAGCGGGUGAGCUGGGGUAGCGCAUGUCACCAAGCUUUUUUGAUGGUGGGUAGGUACUGCCGAUGGCCAAGGCUGUAAUAGGAACAGGAAGCUUGCCCGAUUUCUUCCCUACCUUAGUCCCCAACCCAAGUGGUCAUGGAAAUUAAAAUUAUAGGGGCAGACGAAGGAUUAAAUCUAGUGAUCAGCAGGCAGUGUUGGAGAGGGGGAGAGCAGGGCAGGGAGGGGGUGUGUGGUUUAUAUAUUGAAAUGGGUGUUCUGUUUCAGCUGCCGUGUUAAGCCCCAUCAGCCCUCUUUUGAUGGUUUGACCUUGUUGGUUGGAAAGGAGUCAGCGUAUCUUAAAAGCGCAGCAGGAAUGUCUGGCCGACAUUUCUCUUCUGACUGAUGCCACAGAAGUUAUAAUUUGCCUUGCUGCUAUUCGAGGGUGACUGUUUUCUGAACAGCGGCUGCAGUGCUGGUUUUGCAGUCGCCACUGAUUGCAUUCGCUUUCAGUGGAGCGUUAGCUUAACCCAUUGGGUAGUGCUGUCUUUUUGCAUUCCAAGUUGAGUAUUUGACACUGCAGAGAAUCAAGCACACAGUUCAGGAUGGCACCUCGGCUCAGUGCUGAAGGAAUGCUCUACUGUUGAGAGCGUGCAGUCUUGUCCACAGGUUCCUCAAACCGAGGUCCUGUCUGUCCCUUCGGAUAGAUGCGUGUAGAUCCCCCAGCACAGAGAGGGAGAGCUAUUCUCCUGGAUAAGACUUAGUUUGCAACAAACCUAAGAUAAAGCGGUCUUUUUCCAUUUGUAAUCACACUCUGGGCAAGUUAGCUGCUACAUUUCUUGCAUUCCAGCAAUGACUGUCCUUCAAAGGUAUUUCACUGGUUGGAAAGCGCUUUUGGAUGACAGUUCGAUUGAAGUGCAAAUUGUUUCUAAUAACCGAUACUAAUUUAUCAGUUCCAUUCACUAUUUUCCUCUUCAGUUGCUUCAUGAGGAAUCCCCAGCUACUUCUGUGUUAACAACUUCACCACCUUUUCUUUAUAGCUGUUUGUAUAAUACAAUGUGUGGCUCAGUUUGUCAGAUGGCUGGUGUGGAUCAGACUGGUACAAGGUUCAUUUCUUCUGGGAUGGUUUCAUGAUUAAUCUCCUCCUACCUGUGGUAGAGGUGAACAGGUACUGGGUUGGACUGAAGAUGGAUCUAUUCACGUCUUUGUUUUUCUUAAGUACCUGACCACCGAAUGGAUAAACCUCAUUACCUUUUCUUCAAGCUCUGACAGUUACAUAAGGGCUAUGGGUUCAAACUGGGGCAAAACUGGUCAUCUCAUCAGUUCACCUCUUGACCUUCUCUUUUUCUGGACAGAAGGAUGCCCUCUUGAUUCCUGUAACUUUUUUAAAGCUGUUGAGUACACUGGUGUUUUGUUUGCAAUAUGAACACCUAAACCUUACACAAUAUGCCGUGUAAUCUAAUCACGAUACUAAAUGAGUUCAUCGUAAUCAACCUGUUUUUGAAUAUGAUUCCUCUGAAAGUAAUUGCACUGUACUUUUUAAACCCAUCAUCCUGUGUUUCUAAUUUUGAUGAUGUGUGAACCCAUGCAUCUGUAUCGCUUUGUGCCUGUAUCCUGUCACAAUGACUGUGUGUUUCUCAUGAUUUCUCCUCUCGGAAUGCAUAAUCAGCCCAAGUCUCUUUCUGUAAGCUCCCAUUUAAAAAAAGGUGACUUAUUUGAUGGGCAUCUGGAGAAUGACCAGUAAUGCAACUAGUGUCAGCAUCUUUAUUAGAGCACAACCAUAAAUAAUCAUGCAUCUAAUCACAUCUUUGUUUUUCUUAAGUGGUCUUAACUGUGCACCAAAUGAAUAAACCUCAUUUCCUUUUCUUCAAGCUCCAACAGCCACGUAAGGGUUCAAACUGGGGCAAAACUUAUUUAGAACUGCUCUCCAGCUGCACUUUGCAUAAGUAGUCACCAGCACAUAGAAUGGGUGUGAGAAUGGCGUGGGAGUUAACAAUGGGGCACUAAUGAAUGGAUGAACCAUAACAGACUAAAUGACCUUCCUUGUCUGGAUCAGUUAUAUGAUUUAAAGGGCUAUACUAUAGCUUCCAUAAACCUCUGCAGAGUGUGACUGUUGAAUCUUACGAUGUUCUGAGAUAUGCUUGUUUAGCACAUAUGACAAAAACAUUGCGAUAUUUAUAAGGAAACAUUGUAAUCAGCAAAACCCAUGCUUUUGCAGGUCUUGAGUCAUGUACUGUGUAGCAAGCGGCAUGAGCAAGUCGUGCCACCUUCCAACUAAAUGGGAGAGAAGCUGUUAACCAGUUUAGAAACCUGGAGUGAGUCUGAUUGAUAGAACAAGGCCAAAUAUGAGAGAAAGGUCACAUCUUAUUGCCCAGUUUUAUGUUGAGUUAUUUUACAGUUAACAUUUUUACUGUACUGUGCGGUAAAUUGGGUUUUCAAAUUUCUAACAAAACCUUAACCGAACAAAUUCUCUGAGAGCCCAUGUAAUUCUCUGAAGACCCAAGUUAUGCUCUGAAGGUUAGUUUAGGUAAGGAUUUUCACUGUAUUAUCUUCAAAAUCAAUUACUAACCAGAUUUUUGUUUUUUUUUUAAAAGAAGCUCGUUUGUGAAAGAACUAUUGGACAAUUUUAAAAAAACCAGCCUUAUCAGAACAGCUUAGUGGGAGUGGUUUAAGUGCAUCAGUUUUGUUUCAUUCACCUCCCCCUGAAUGAGUGGUGGCCUUGAGAUUUUGCAGAUUCCAGCAGAUUUUGAUGAACUCAGGAGAGAAAAGGCUAGAAAAAUAGGUGCUCCUGGUCAUGAGAAUGAUCCUCCAAUAUUGCACUGCUUGGGACUGUAAGUCAUGCAUCGCUGCAAUGAUCUGCAAACGCUGCUGAAGUUGAGUAGAAAUAUUUAUUUAUUUCCAGUGUUAAUUUAUUGUUUGAACAUGUUUAUAAUUUGCUAUCAUUGACCAUUGUACAGUGGGAAAGGAACCUUUGUUUUGGUUGUCUGUUAUGAGUAUUCAAUUGACUGCAAUCGUUUAUCAGUCCAAGUUUUCCUUGGAUUUUCAGUAAAUUAAUGCUGUGAGAUAUUGUUAUGAAAUAAACAGAUCUUGGUUUU